CUCUCCGUGGGGAGCUGACGUCACCACAACGCUGCCUUUCAACACAAUAGUCUUAUCACUUUUAGGCACUCUCGACAUAUAAGAAGAUAUUUUAUCAUUUUUAACCAUUUUAUCCGUCUAUAAGCUUUGCCUUUGAGAGAAUCUGCUCACGUUUAAAUAACGCGAGAACAGAUCCCCGGCCGUCUUGUUGAAGAAGAAAGUGCAACCAAACAACAUGGACUCCAGUGAAGACUUGGAAGUUUUUCUCAAGAAUGUCGACGAUAUAAGCAAUCUCGUGAAGGAUCUAAACUCAUCUGAUGUUAGAGUGCAGCAGAGAGCCAUCGAGGAAGCGGAUUGCCACAUUGCAGCGCUGAAUGGAUCCUGCAGAACAAAAGUCAACAAGACCAGAAUCAACACUGACGCACAUUCGAACGAACCGCUGAAUUCACAGACAGAAAGUGCAGAAAAUUUUAUGAAGCUUAUUGAGAGAGAUGUGGAAGACAGGAGGAAGAGGAGAAUCGCUCAGGAGAAAAAAGCCACUGCAUUAAAGGACAAAGGGAAUCAGGCCUAUGCCCAAGGAGCGUAUGAGACUGCUGUGAGUUAUUACAGUGAAGGCUUGGCCAAGCUACGCGACAAUCAGCAGUUGUAUACCAACAGGGCGCAGGCGUACAUCAAGCUGGAAAAGUACCAGGAGGCCAUCAGUGAUUGUGAAUGGGCCCUGAAGUGUAAUGAUAAAUGCACAAAAUCCUACCUCCACAUGGGAAAAGCAUAUCUGGCACUGAAGAAAUAUAACGACAGCAGAACGUGCUUUGAAAAGAUGUCCCUACUUGAACCACGGAUGGAGAAGCUGGCGAAAGAGUAUCUCACCAAGGUGGAGCUGGAUGAGAGAAAGGAGAGUCAAGAAAUGAACGCGAGACAAGACUUUGACAACGGAGUGGAGAAGGCCAAGCUGAUCCCUCAACUUCUGGAGAAGCUGUCGACACCUGGGCAGAUGCCGCUCUACUACUGCGGAGUACUGGAGAUUCUGUGCCAAGCUGCGAAUGACUGCACUGGCCAGACACUUUUCAGGCUGCACGAUGGUUUCAGCAUCAUUGACGGCAAUGACGCUGUGCGCAGUUGCUUGUUGCAGGAAACAAAUGACCCGAGCAGCCAGGACUUGUGUGUGUCUGUCAUCAAAGCAUGGAGAGUCAUUUGCAGCGAAAAUGAGGAAAACCAGAAGACUUUGAUGACAAGGCCAGCUUUCAAAGAGUCUUUUGUACCCUUGGUGUCAUCCGAUCAUGCUGCAAUACAGAAGGAAUGUCUAGACUUGUGGUGUUCGUACUCGCAGACGGAAUAUGGCAGACGUCUCGUCGCUGACAACUUGGAUGUUCCCCUGUUAACGAGGAGCCUCGUGGUGUGCAUCUCCAGGCCAGGACAGCGACGGGAGAACAGAGCGCUUCUCAUUUUGCAGAACUUGGCGACGGAGAAAAAAUUCUGCCGCCAGCUAAGGAGUGGACUGAUAGACUCUGUUGCCGUGCCACUUACAACAAUAUUGAGCGACAUUGGCGAGGCUGACCGACAUGUCGUGCCCACUCUAAUAUCAGCUGUUGGCGAACUGAUUAGAGACGAGGUCAACCGUCACGCCCUUGCUCAUGAUGCAGAGUGUUGGAAGGCCUUCCUGCUUGCCGUAAAGCAAUGCAUGUCUUGCAGCUAUAAGGAGAUUCUUUACGCCCUGCUUGGAUUGAUCAUCAACCUUUCUACUCUUACCUCACCUGUCAUUCAGGAACAGGCGGUCCGCCUGUGUGGCUGCUGCCUGGACCUGCUGAAGGAUGACCACGGCGGCCUCGUAACCAGAGCUUUGGGUGUGUUGAGCACCGUCCUCCCACAGUCCUCCGAGGCUGUUAAUCAUGUGGUUCAGGGACGUGUGGUAAAGACUGUGCGGCGACUGCUGAAGACAGCAGAAUCGACUGCCACUAAAUACGCCGUAAAGAUUCUGGUGGUGUGCACGGCUGCCAGCCACUCGGCCCGGCGGGACUUGGUGAAGUCUGACAGAACGCUAUCCCUUUUCCGCCGUUUGCUGAGCGCAAGCUGUGAUGAGAUGGUGUCAGGAAACGCGGCCCUGUGCCUGGCCCAUUGCCUGGAGUUGAAGGAUGUUGCCAGCAACCUGCUGGGCACGGAUAUCGUGCUUCAGCUGCUUCGCCACGCCGCAGGGGAUGCUAAGAGGACAGCCGUGCAGCAAAAUGCAGCCAUUGCUCUGGGGAAGCUGUGUCAAUCAGAGCCCAGACAUGUGAGCAGACUUCGAGACCUCCACGGCUUUGAGAUCCUGCACUCUUGUAUGAAGCUCGUCGAAUAAUGAAGUGAGAAAAUCUAUUUUGUAACUACAUAUUGUAUUAUUUCAUAAACAUUCAUAAUGCCCUUGAAUGACCUCGAUUCUCAAACCCGUGUGGAUAUAACUAAUUAACAUGAAGAUGCAGCGACGGUGGCGCCAGCUCACUCUGUCUUAACCGUAUUAACGUGAUUAAUAAUUUCCAAUACCACACCCGUCAUUAUGUAAAUAAUUGAGUGGAAUUUGGUUACAUAAAUCCAGGUUUGUCCUGAAUAUGUCAACAGUA